AUGAGCGUAGAGCUAGCCGAGAAGCUGCUGGCGUGUGUUGCGCACGAGCAGCAGCAGGAUGUGGAAGUGACCGCGCGGCAGCUGCGCGAGCUGCCGCUGGCGCAGCUGGUGGCGGCCGGACUCGCGGUGAGCCGUCUGCAGCUGGAGAACGUGCGGACCGGGUACGGUGGCAAGGUGUACGCGGAGCUUGGUCCGGCAAGGGGGUUGGCGGACGAGCUGGUGCUGGGGAGCACGGGCGUGGGGGAUAUCGUGCGCGUUUUCGCUCCCAAGAGCAGAGAUGAGGCGCUGGAGGGCGUGGUAUUCCGAUGCAGCGCGCAACAGGUGGUAGUGGCGCUGGACGAGGGGGGCGAGGCGGCUGCCCUGCAGCUGCAGUCGGCCAGUAGCGUGGUGAUGGUGAAGACAGUCAACACAGUGACGUACAAGCGCAUGGAAUCGACGCUGCGCAAGUUGGCGGAGCACGGCGACGAGAUCUCGAAUCCAAUUGCACAGUACCUGCUCUGCCAGCGGCCGUUCCACGCGCAGCCGCCCGAGCAGGGCGUGGAGUUCCACAACCCGGAUCUCAAUGCCUCUCAGCGGGACGCGGUAGCGUUUGCGCUGCGGAACGAGAUCUCGAUCAUCCACGGGCCACCGGGCACCGGCAAGACGCACACGCUGGUGGAGCUGAUCCGGCAGCUGUACGACAGGGGGCACCGCGUGCUCGUGUGUGGGCCGUCCAACAUCGCAGUGGACACCGUGCUGGAGAGGCUGUCGCGUCCGAUCCCGGGCGCGGAGCUGCUGCGUGUCGGGCACCCUGCGCGCCUGCUACCCGGCAACCUUGCCCAUUCGCUGGAUAUUCUGGCCAAGGAGGGCGACGGGGGCAGCAUUGUUCGGGAUAUAGGCAGGGAGAUUAACCAGCGGAUCGCAGACGUCAGGAAGAUCAAGUCAUCUCGCGACCGGAAGAAGGCAUGGCAAGAGGUGCGCGACCUGCGCAAGGAGCUGAAGCAGCGGGAGCGCAACGUGGUGAGCGAACUGAUCCUAGCUGCCCGGGUCGUGGUGUGCACAUUGCACGGGUCCAGCGCCUACAGUCUCUGUCACAUGUAUGACAAGUGUGCGCGGCUUUUUGACACGGUCAUCAUCGAUGAAGUCUCGCAGAGCCUGGAGCCCCAGUGCUGGAUCCCGUUGAUCUCGCACUACCAGUCUAAUAUUUCCAAGCUGGUCAUUGCGGGCGACAACAAGCAGCUGCCGCCGACUGUCAAGACCGAGGACGACGCGCACGUCCGGCAGGUCCUGUCAACCACGAUCUUCGACAAGCUCGAGCGCCACUACGGCGACCAGUUCAAGAAGCUGCUGGACGUGCAGUACCGCAUGAACGAGCGCAUCAUGGCAUUUGCAUCCGAGAGCUUGUACGCGGGCAAGCUAAAGGCGUGGCAGGGCGUGGCGUCGCAGACGUUGGCAGAUCUGCCGGGCGUCGACGAGUCCGACGAUACCAGCGCCCCGCUGGUGUGGUACGACACCCAGGGCGAUGACUUUCCCGAGGCGGAAGAGGCCGCGGGCGGGCCUGCCCUGAUGGCGUCGAAGUUCAACGAAAACGAGGCCUACCUCGUGCUGCACCAUAUCUCGCAGCUCCGCGCGUGCAACGUUCCACAGGAAGCCAUCGGCGUCAUCUCGCCGUACAACGCGCAAGUGGCGCUGCUCAAGAAGAUCAUCCACGGGCAGCAUCCGCUGGUCGAAAUCUCGAGUGUGGACGGGUUCCAGGGCCGCGAGAAGGAGUGCAUCGUGCUCUCCCUCGUGCGCAGCAACGACUCGUUCGACGUCGGCUUCCUGCGCGACGAGCGCCGUCUCAACGUCGCAAUGACGCGCGCGCGGCGCCAGCUGUGUGUCAUCGGCAACAUGGAGACCCUCGAGCGCAGCCAGUCGCAGUUCCUACGUAGCUGGGUGCGGUGGUCAGAAGAGCACAGCGAGAUACGGUACCCAGACCUAAGUGAAAUUCUAUAA